AUGCCUCCUAAGACAGAGAAGAGCAGUCUUAAACGUGGUAGGCACAGCACUGGCGAUGACCACGAAGACAAGAAACCUCGAAGAUCUCAGAGAUUGUCUCAGCCGCAACAGACCAAGCACGACAAGCAAGACAAACACUUGAAGACUCCAGUUGUGAACCAGCGAGCGUAUCCUUCUCCCAUAACACAUGCCGAUUCGAUAGCUACAGCUACCACUGUUGACAACAAGGAGGGUACCGUCACACCACCCGAUACCAAAUCCAACCAAUAUCGACAAGUGACGCCUACCUCCUCAUCUCCUAUCCUCACAGGUUUAUCCUCGCCACCACAAGAAACACAAGUUCUCUCACAGUUCGUGUACCCACCGAGGGACCUGGGAGACGAGCUUGAAGAUGACGACGAGGGGACAUGGGGUUUUCUGAUACCUGUGAAUCCAAAUAUAGGACACAAACUUACUAUGAAAAGAAGAGCCUUCUGUCCCGCUCCAAUGAAGCCACUGGAGAUUGGAAGGCCGACUACAAAGAAUCGCAAGGUUUCGGAGCCCGAUGAACUGCUGAAAGAUGAAGAAGCAUAUGAGAAACAAAAAGAGACUCAAGGCUUCCCAGCUGGUGGUUACUUGCUCGGUCGACACCCCGAGUGUGACAUGCGGCUUGACCUGGGUACUAUCUCUAAUAGGCACUGCCUCCUAUUCAACGAGAACAAGCCUGCUGGUUCCAUAGCUGUGAUUGAAGAUCUUUCCAGCAACGGUACCUUCGUGAACGAUGCCUUGCUAGGUCGAAACAAGAGAAGAGAGCUCGAGGAUGGAGACGAGAUCUCUUUAGUUGACAGUGCUCGCUUCAUUUUCCGGUACCCUAAAAGUCGCAUGUCCAGCGCCUUCCACUCGCAGUAUAGGAUACUGCAACAACUUGGAAAGGGGCAUUUCGCCACAGUUUAUCUAUGUGUCGAACGCUGUACUGGUCACAAGUAUGCCGUCAAGAAAUUCGAACGUCGCAUGGGUGAUUCACAACGAUCGCAGACCGAAGGUUUGCAGCAGGAGAUAGCAGUCUUAAUGUCAGUAUCGCACCCAAACGUACUGUGUUUGAAAGAAAAUUUCGAAGAGGUUGACGGCGUCUACCUGAUUCUCGAAUUGGCAGCAGAAGGCGAGCUGUUCAACUGGAUUGUUGCCAAGCAGAAAUUGUCCGAAGCAGAAACCCGAAAGGUCUUUAUUCAACUUUUCCAGGGUGUGAAGUAUCUUCACGAACGUAACGUCGUUCAUCGAGACAUCAAACCAGAGAACAUCCUGCUCACUGAUAAAAACUUAUCGGUCAAACUGGCUGACUUUGGCUUGGCAAAAAUAAUUGGCGAAGAAUCCUUCACAACCACUCUUUGCGGUACCCCUAGCUAUGUUGCCCCAGAGAUUCUAGAGAACACAAAACAUCGAAAGUAUACUCGUGCUGUUGAUGUAUGGUCGCUCGGUGUCGUCCUCUACAUUUGCUUGUGCGGCUUUCCACCAUUCAGCGACGAACUUUAUUCCAAAGAACGACCUUACACACUGGCACAACAGAUUAAAAUGGGUCACUUUGAUUAUCCUUCACCCUACUGGGACCCAGUCGGCGAUCCAGCGCUAGAUCUUAUUGAUCGCAUGUUGACAGUAGACGUCACGAAGCGCAUCACCAUCGAUGAAUGUCUAGAACAUCCCUGGACUCGUAACCUAUCGACAGAGGAAUUGGAACCAAACCAGAAUAGAACCAAUUACAUCAAUCCCGAAGAUAGUACCAACGGUCUGACUGGUGCCAUUGGUGGCUUAAAAAUGGAUUUCAGCAAGCGCAAGGUCAAGCGUGAGCGUACUCUCCUGUCCGACAUCAACGAUAUUAGAGUCUCGAAGGUUGUCGAAGUUCCAAAGUCGAAUCUACCAGGUCAGCCAGGACGUGACGCUAGUCCUGCUAGCAUCACUGUCUGGGAGAAGAACCCACAAGGGAAGAAGCGCCCGACAGUAGCGCAGAGCAUAGACAAGAGUGGUGCUCCUUUGCAGACAGAUGAUGCUGCGAAGCAGGCAGGAAAGAAGAAGGAAGAAAAGCCCGCUGAACAUAGGCAAGAGGAAGAGUUUAUGGAGAUGGGUGGUAAAGGCGACAUGCAGCUGUUCGGCAACGACGCCAGUAGUCGUUAUCUGGCUGGUGAAGUACCAAAUGACAAGUAA